GAUACCCACGUAGAUUGAUAAGAAAACGUUGCUUCUACAACGAACGAAUAUUAUAUUUUCCUUAAACACCAAAGAUCCAGAUUAGCAACAAAAUGCGCGGUGCUGCUCUUGCUAGUAGCGUGUUAGUGGCGUCCGCCCUUGCCAGUGCUCCGGCCGACCUUUCGGCUGGUAAUCCGUGGCAAUUAUUUGAGGAGUUUAAAGAAAAAUACUCUCUGCAUUUCGGCAGCCAAGAAGAGGACGCGAAGCGCUUUAGAAUCUUCGAACAGAACCUGGGCAAAGCGCAAAGCCUGAACAAAAAAAGCAAGGGGAAGGCGCAUUUUGGAAUUACGGUAUUGCCAUUGAGUUCGUAGUUCAUGCAUUAGGUGUCUCUGCGUGUAGGUAGGGCACCGUAGUCCUCAGACUUCAUCAAAUCCAGCAUAAGAAACGAAGAGCCACCUGUGAAAUGUCUGCUUUCUCUGCGCCCACCGCUGCUGGUGCGUCGAACUAAAUCGAAAGAUUUGUAAUUGCCAUAGAAAAUACAACCUCCUCGACACUGACACAGAAAUUUUCCCACUUGUCGCCAUCGGAAUUCCGAACUCGUCAUACGGGUUUCAAACCCGCACCUGGUCGCAAGCGUCCCGCAAAGAAGAUUUUUAAGAAGAGAUCCGGCUCGAUCGACUGGCGAGAGAUCUCGCUAGUCACACCAGUCAAGGAUCAAGGGCAAUGCGGCUCAUGCUGGGCAUUUUCGGCCACGGAGGCGUUGGAGACAGGGUAAGGAAUUUUGAGGAAGUAGAAGUAGUGUGUGUGGAAAUUCUUUUAACGAUAUGACGUGGCGGAAGAGCAGAUAAGCUCUUGGUAAAAAAAUCAGGGAAUAUAAACAUGUCAGGGCUGGAUUGCUCUUGAAGAUCAUCAUCAACAUUCCCUUGACUUAUCGUCCAAGGUACUGGAAAAACUCCGGAAGUAUGAAGAUUUUGUCCGCUCAGCAGACCGUCAGUUGCGAUCGUGAGGACCUUGCUUGCAAUGGUGGAGAUACCACAACCGCUUACGAGUACAUGCAGUCAGCUGGUGGAGUUGAAACGGAAUCUGACUACCCCUACGUGUCUGGAACUACUGAGCGUCGUGGAACAUGCAAAGCAGACUCAAGCGAAUUUGCAGUAUUCCAUUUUUGCUUGAUGCUUAUUUGUUGCUAGAUGAUCUUGGUCCUUGAUAUCGUCAAGACGGGCGAUAUCAGGGACACACAUGACAUGACCUUGGUACUUAGUUAAUAUCGUAAAUGCGAAUUAAUAGUACUCAAUUGUACCGAAAAGGAAAAUGGUUGUUGGUAUUAAAAAAGGUGUAAUAUUAUCGCUCCUGCAGUACAAUUGCAGCAGCAACACUUGUUUAUCAUACCCAAAAGAAACAUCAAAAAGGUCAAGCUCGACUCCGUUCACACCGUUUCCCAAGACGAGUUCGGCGAAUCGGAUAUGUUCAGCGCUAUCAUGACAUCGCCAAUGUCUAUCUGCGUCGACGCUAGCUCCUGGCAAUUGUAUUUUAUGAAGUCGUCAGGGACAUCUUAGGCAGUUUGCCGAAUAGAUUCACAUCGUCAGGAAGUGGGGAAGUGGGGUCGUUGUUGAUUGCAAAAGUAUUCUCUUCCUUGCCUUAAAGAAUAGCUGGUAAAAGUAUCCCGCAUGCUCCCCUGUCUGGAAGAAAUACGACGAUAUAAGUAUAUUAUCUUUCUCUCUGUCGAACCCUCCCGCUCCCCCCAUCCCUCCCGCACUCCUUCAUACUCCGGGGUGGCGUGGUUGACAGCUCCACAUGCGGAACGGACUUGGAUCACUGCGUACAGGUUGUCGGUAUCAAAUCUGGAGAGUACUGGAUUGUAAAGAACCAAUGGGCCGAAGACUGGGGAGAAUCUGGAUACAUUCGGUAAUAUAAUUUUUGAUAAUGUUAUUUUGUUAGUUAUUCUUUACUGCUAGUAAGUAGGUACAACUUCAAGUGAAAAAGAAAAAUCAUCAGAAAUCCUCCAUCUACAAAGUUCUUCCAUCUUUCCUCGAUGCCCUUCAUCCUCAACCUCUCUCUCUUCCCUCUCCGCCACUUUCAACCUCUUCCAUCACAGCGUGAAAACUGGUGAGAAUGCAUGCGGCAUUGCAAUGGAAGCUACUAUGGUCGACGCUGAAGACGAGAUGAAACAUGUUAGUAAGCGCCCAGUCCGCGACGACCCAACCGAAGAAAUUAUCGAGAUUAUAGAAGGUGUCAUCUGUUCUUUCGGAUGUAUUUUUUUUACUAGCUACCUAGCUUCAAGAAAUGUUAGUAAAGAAGGAUAAUUGACCCGUGUCCGUUUCAUCUGUUUCCGUGCAUGACAACAUUGACAUUGUCAUGCAGAGGCGUAAUAAUUAUUACACCCUUGUAUCAUGAUGAGCAUGAGUACAAUGACAAACCAACCCCCAUUGGCUGUCAUUUGGUCUCUACGAUAGAUUUGUGGCCGAUAUACGUAGAUUUGUGGCCGAAUGUACGGUCUUAUGCGCCCCCAGUAUGUAAUUUGUAUGACAUUAGUUGAACGCGCUAAUUGAUUGUUUGAAAGGGAGGCGGCUUAUAGUCCUAACGCAAAAAAAAAGACUCUACGGUGAUCAAGAACGAUCAUAACAGGGGCACACGCAUGACAUGACUUGAAAAAUAGACCUUCUGCCCACUACCCACAGGUAUCUCCGAAGGAUUCGGUUUGAAGAUGGAACGCGAAUGCAUUGAUUCUAGCUCUAAAGUCGUCGACAAAAUCGAAAAAGCUGUGGAAUUGAUGCAGGAGAGGACAACGGUACUACUUGAUUUGUCAAACAAAAUAGGUACCUCCUAUUGUGAGAAAUUGUUCGUUUUAAAUAUGACUAGGACUGACGAUAUAAUUAUAUUGGCACAACAACACGCUGAUGCUGAGAGAAUUGAGAAGAACCCAAAAUACCGUUUCCUCACAACAUGAACAUGAUCAAUAAUCUCAUACCAUCGUCACUCUUAUCUUGAAUUUAAGACUCAACAACCCUCCUUUCCACUUACGACACAGGCCUCCAUGAUGAAAGCCUUUGAGAUGUUGGAGCAAGCCUUGAGGGUCGACUGGCCAGCCGCUGCCUCAGCCUGUGCUGCAACAGCUGCCGAGCUGUCCAAGAUUCUUGCCUCAUUGGAGAUCCUGAGGCACCCCAAGCAGUUCGCAUAUCAUGUUUAUGACUAAGUACUUUGAUGAUAAUUCAUAAUUGUUUGAACACCGCAUUGCAUUUAAGUAAGCUUAUCUGAUGUACUGACUCUGCAUGUCGUCCCUUUUUUCCCCACACUUUCAGUUCAUCAGACACGUAAGCUACCAACAUAUCCCCUGAUCUACCUAGUACUUGGUUACUGAGUACUAGCCCCCUGUCUUCAUCUACCUACUUACCUACUUCAUCUACCUACUUACCUACUUCAUCUACCUACUUACCUACUUCAUCUACCUACUUACUUACUUACCUACUUACUUACCUACCUACUUACCUACCUUCUUACCCACCGCUACCUACUUACCCACCGCUACCUACUUACCUACCGCUACCUACUUACCCACCGCUACCUACUUACCUACCGCUACCUACUUACCUACCGCUACCUACUUACCUACCUCCUCCUCCUCCUUACUCCUUUCAUAUCUUCGGCCAAGACCUGAUUGUAAACGGUGUGGACAUCUACAAGAGCGUCAACGCGGCAGUAGGCUUCUGGAAGGAGGCCAAAUAUGAGGACUUUGGCUACCAGAUCGGCGAGGCCCUUAACUUGCUCAUUGUAGGAGCGCAGGGAGGACAGCAGGAGUUGUACGUGUAGAUGUAGGAGUUAUUGAUCCUUUGGGUUUUGGGGACUGAAAAUAUGUGUAAAUACGUAUAGAAUUAGAUUUUUUGCUACAUUUGUUUUUUAGGUUGCGUUGUGACUUGUUGACAUGGUUCGACUGUACUAGUGGGCACGACAUAUUUCUUACAUAGGGAUAAUGCUGGGUGACAUGCUCUCGCGCAAGGCUGACAAGUUACUAUAUUUUGAUUCUCACGCAUGAUGUUGUCAUGGGCUUUGGACAUACGGUAAGAACUGCUUCGGGCAUGUUUUGUAUGUUGUGUAAGAAACACUACUGGACUGUGUAUGUUCCUUCAGAAGUUGCUAACCGGAAAUGAGUUAUUCUAACCACCACAAGAGCUGUAUACAUAGCUAGAUUUUUUUGAUAUCCAUUCAUGCACAUCUUGCUAGAAAGUGACUUCUUAAUGAUUCCUUCAUCAUUCGACAUGAGAUUUGCUCCACAUACGCGCUGAACCUGUUGUGCAUUGCUUGAGAAAAUCCGGACUGUCGAAGAUACAAGGAUUUCUCUGGUGUAAGAAUAUUUUCCGCACAUAAUUAUGGACAUCUCCGACCGUAAACCUACACCACAUCGUUGAAUACUGCGAGGCAUGAAAACAAACGCGAUGCGUGACCGCCAAGGCUCAUGAGCAGACGCAGUCUCCUUUGGAACAUGAAAGGAGGCGUGUUUUCUUCGCGCCGCGUUUUUCUACCCCGACUGACUGUGGUGGACUUGAGAUGUCACCAAUGGGGAUGGACACAGC